UUAACGUCAACGUCAACAACUUGUGCGCAACAUGCCAGAAGCCGACGAGAUGACCCCUGAGGAGACGAAUGAGUUGUUACGACUGCGGGAACAUCGGCGUCGCUUCGCGAAGGAAAGUGAGGUGUCGGGUGACGACGGCUUUGGCGGUAUCGGAGGCUUCAAGCAACGCACUUGGGCACUGUUCAGUGUCAUGGGUGGGCUUAUCUACGGCUAUAACGUCAGUCUAGCAGCCACGUUGCAGUAUAUUCAGGACGACCUACAGCUAUCCUCCACACAAGAAGAGGCUCUGAGUGCCACAGCGACGCUAAGUGAUGCCGUCUCCAUGUUGGCGGGCGGGUAUUUAGCUGACCGCUACGGCCGCAAGGCCACGGCCAUGUUCGCGUGCUCAUGCUCCAUUGUGGGGGCGCUAUUGGCUGGAAUCGCAAGCAGUAGCUUCUCGUGGCUCGUACUAUGGCGUCUGUGCUCCGGAGUGGGCAACGGGUUGUCUAUUCUACUGAUUCCUAUGUACAUAAGUGAGUGUGUGGACGCUGCCAGUCGAGGAGCGUUCCUCACACUGUUUCAACUUGGGGUGAAUUCGGGUGUAGCUGUGCCCUACCUCUUUAUGAUAACUAUAAGUGAGAACUGGAGAGCAUGUCUGGCUUUUGGCAGCUUACCGGCGCUCUAUGUACUCUACAAUUUCCAUUUCUACUUCCCGGAGAGCAUCAAAUGGCUCCGUUGGAAGGAGAACCCGACAGAUCUAGAAGAAGCAGUCACAGAUGUGUCAGAUGAAGACAGCGUCGACAGUACCGAUCCUUCGGUCACCAUCAAGCGAGAAAGAAACGGGAGCUACCAACGUCCAUCUGAACAAGCUACAACUGCGUCUACUUCGUCUCCAAAUCCUCAUCUGGAGCUGUUGAUCGGUAUUUUACUGGCGUAUGUGAACAAUUGCGUGGAUGCGUCUCUCUUCUAUGGCCCGGAAAUCAUCGCCAAGACCAGUACUUCGUAUUCACGUAGAGAUGCCAACAUCUUCGGACUCCUCUGCUCACUCGUAGCAGUCGUGUCUGUCAUUUUCGCUGGUCGAUUCGUCAUUGCAAGGUUCUCAAGACGACAAAUCUACUUGAUUUGUCUAGCUGUCGUCUGUGUCUGCUUCGUGGUGAGCGGAGGCGUUUUUGCGCGAUAUUCCACCGACGAUUUUGCACACAGUUCCACGGCGUCCGCGAGCAUCAUGAUCACGUUCGCCGUGCUUAACGUGUUUGCUGCUGUGGGCCCCAGUAUCCUCUUCGUUGUUAUCCUAAGCGAGCUGUUCCAAGACAACAGCUAUCGAGCACGGUACAUGAGCUACUGCACCUUCACCAUGUCGCUCAUCUCGCUGCUCGUGAAUGGCUCCAUGCUCACUCUGUUUGAAACAUUCGGUACUGCUGCUACAUUCCUCGCGUAUGGGGCCACAUACGUGGCGUGUCUGGUCUUCUUCUGGGCCUAUCUACCUGAAACCAAGCAACGCCAACUAGUGUAAGUCAACUGAACAACUACAAGCAACAACUCUCAGUAAAUAGAUUGGUAGACGCCACACA